AUGUCAACGCAACUUACUCACACAUGUGCACAAAUAUUUCGCAGGACAUUUCGUUGGAAAUUCAACAACUCGGGCGAAACUCUGGACGUGGGCAGUGAACGAUUCAGCGUGAAUGGCAGCCGCAGCAUUUUAAAGUACACACCAGUCACAGAUCAGGAUUAUGGCACACUGUCGUGCUGGGCCUCGAACGAGGUGGGCACCCAGCAGCAUCCCUGUCUGUUCCAAGUGGUCCUGGCCGCACUGCCGAAUGCCGUCAGCAAUUGUACCGUCUUCAACCGCACCGAACUGAGUGUUGACAUACAGUGCAUACCGGGCUAUGACGGCGGCCUGCCGCAAAUAUUUGUUCUCGAAAUGUUUUCAACACGCACCGGCAUCACCAGAUUCAAUUUGAGCAACGCCGAGGAGGCCCUCUUCUCGCUGGAGAACCUGGACACCCUGACCUCGAUGAUGGUCCAGGAGAACAACUCGCUUCGGCUCCGCAUCUACUCGUACAACCAGAAGGGCCGGAGUGCCGCUUAUCUGCUGCCCGAUUUCAUAAUUGGCUCAACAGCUUACAAGACAGACGACGACGUAACCCUGACACUGUCGCCGGUGAUUGUCGGCAGUGUUCUGACCAUCAUAAUUAUUGGUGUGGCUAUCGCGAUACGAAUAUUCGUGGUGACAUUUGUGCACAAUUUGCGCCGCAAUCGCCAUCACGGCAACAAGGCGACCGCCGCGGGAGUGACGCCCCAACCUGGCGAUGUCUUCAAGGGCGGUAACUUGGAGAAACCGCGAUGGCAGCACACGGACAUAAAAACGAAAUCAUCGGAGGAUUUGGUUGAGGACGAACGUGAUCCGGACGUAAUACCAUCGCAAUACGUUGGUGGCGGCAGCGCCGGCAGCAGUGGCAGCAAUGCCUCGAACGUGGGGAGCACCACCGCCGGCACCGCCACUGGCAGCAGCACCUCUACCGCGGUGGUGGCAUCCGCGGUCAGCUCAGCCGCAUCAGCAUCCGUAUCAGGAACGGCAGUGUCAGCCGCAGAUGCCCAUCAGUUUGCAUCAGCCACAUCAGUGGGCGGCGUGGGAGGAGGCUCCUCAAAGUGGUCGCCCAAUGGCAACGUGGUGCCCCUGACCACAACGACGAUGCUGUCCGGCGAUGCAUCGAACGCAACUGUCACCUAUAAUCAAAUCAACGCCCAGCGGGCUCAACUUCUGGCGGCCGUGGCGGCGGCGGGGGGCGGCUGCAGCAGCACCGUCAUAUCGCCCAGCAGCAGCAUGCUGAGUGGAAUGGGCGGGCUGGGCAAGCCGCUGGGCCUCGGAAUUGGGGGCAUGGUCAUCGGUUCACCCACCUCCCUGUCAUCGAACUCGACCUUGGCGGCCGCUGCGGGUCACCUCCAGCCGAUGCACAGCAGCGGAGUGGGAGGCACCCUGCCCCCGGGCCUGGGCAGUGGUGGGGGCUACAUACUAAACGCCUAUGCCACUGGACGACUGCACCAGCAGCCUGGAGGGGGAGGCACCCACACCGCCACCCUGAACAGGCACCACCACCACCAACAGCAGCAGCACCACCUCCCGCACCAUCAUCAGCAGCAACAGCACCAUUCUGGCUCUAACCUGCUGCUCGGCAGUUCGGGCAGCGUCAUGGGCGUGGUGGGCGUGGCCAAAAACUCAAACUCCACAACGACAGCCACAACAUCGUGCAACUCGUCGCAGGACCUCGAUGACAACAUAAACAUCAAUGCGAUCAAGGAUUGCCUAAUGACGCAGAGGGUGCCAGAGAGCUGCGUCUAAGGCUCUGGCUACAAGGAUCUUAAGUUUAAAUAAUUAUUUAGGGUAUAUGAAUAUGUAUG